AGUAAUUAAAAGAAUAAUUUAGUGUGGAAAAUAAAUUGAACGCAGUGGUGGAGAUAAUUUUAUAUUAAAUUUUUUUAAAAUAUUAGUAAAGUUAACUAAAAUAUUUUAAUUUUAUAAUGUCAUCUAUAAUUAGCGCGAUACCACCGCCCCCACCACUUGCGCCACCUCUCAAAGCAGAAUCUAUGACUGCUCCUAAUAUAAAUAAGUUUGAUGGAUGUUUAUGGGCAAAAAAAUUUCCAGACAUUCAACAAGGAUGUUACUUGUCGCAAAUAUGUGUUCUAACAAAACCUAAAGCAUGUAAAUUUAAAAAUAUUCAGUCUAUAAUUCAACAAGGUCCAACUUGUGGUUUGACCUGUUUGUCUAUGUUAAUAAACGAAGCUUUAUCACCGAAGGAAUUAUUGGAGCUGGCGAAAAAUUGGCAAUACACUUUAAAUGGAGAAAUGUUUAGUGCGAAAAACUUAUGUGAUAUUUUAAGAAAAGUGAUAACUGAAAAAAAUUAUAAUAAUAUUACGUGCCAAUUACACGAAGGUCCAUUAAAUUGUGCCAAGGUCAAAAAUUUCAUCACAAAUGAUGCUUGCUUAUUUGUACCAUAUGAUCCAGACUAUAAUCACUCACCUUGUUUAAAAUCAGGCCAUAAAGCACAUUGGGCAUUAAUAAUAGGUUACUUAAUCGACAAUGAUGAUAAUUUUUACGUAUUAGCGCGCCAUGGAAAAACGAAAAGUAUUGCAGUUUGGUCUUUAAAAUCUUUAAGUGCCAGUAAUUCAAAUUUAAUUGAGUUUGCUCAGCCUAAAGGUUACCCUAAUACGGAUUUCCUUUUACCAGAAGGCGGAAUUGGCGGACCUAAUGGUUUGAGAAAUCAAUGCGUAAUUGCUCAAAAUAUAGAGAACGAAACUGUAGCAGUAGUUUAAUAACGAAACUUGUUUUUUAGUUAUGAAAUUCAAAAUUGUAAUUUUAAAAGUAUGUUUUUAUCCAUUGAAAAUGUUGUUUUUAAGUUUUAAAAAGAAACUACGAAAAUGUUAUUGUAAAUUUUAACAACGAAAAUAUCUGUGUUAAUUUAAUUUAAUUAGAUAAAUUAGAAGUUUUAAUGUUUUAUUUAAAAGAAGAUAAAUUGCAAUAAUUUUAAUGAAAUAAAAGGACAAAACAAUAUUUUUAUAAAAAAAAAUACAUAUUUUAUUUUACAAU